AGUGUGGCACGAUUUCCGGUUGUGAAAUCAUAGCAGAAGACAGCAAGCAAACGCCGAAAUAUGACGUUACCUCGUUUGACAAGAUUCUUGAGAUCGUUAUAUAAUGAGAAAGACCAAAAUAACUUGAAUAAUAAUUCUAAAACUGCUUUGCUACGUAAGAAGCGAGAAAAAUGUAUUGAAUGGGAGAAAAGAAGAUCUUUUGAUUGGACUAAAUUGUCAUCUGUUGUGAAACAAUAUUGCAAAGAAUCUGAUGUGCUAAUUAAAGCUUUCCUAAAGCACACAAAAAACAUAGCUGGAAAGGAAAGUCAGCUUGAAGAACAACAUUCAGCAGCCGUUUUCCUGUUUGAUUUAUUCAAAAAUGAUGAAAAACUCUUAGUUUCUGCUCGUAAUACAAUACGAGAAACUUUUGGACCAUUUUCAAACGAAGAUUGUGAUAAAAUUUUCCAAUUGGUGAGAAAAAUUGUUUCUGAAGUUCCAAGCGAAAUAUUUGAAAAUUUGCAAAGUAGUGAGAAUAAUGACAGUAAUAGUAUUUUUGGAAGAAAUAUAACCUUCGGCCUCGUACCCGAUAAAUUAUCUGAUCCUGAAAAUUUUGAAAAUUUCCGUAUGCUUACUGAUUGUACUGUAGACAAAUUGGAUUUAGAAUAUAUUAGAGAUGAAAGCCAAUCAUUAACAAAGGAACAACAAGUCCCCAAAAAUAGUAAUAAAACUGAAGAUGAUAGUGAUUGGCUGAGGAAAAGAAUGUAUGAAGAGAUAGCUGAUAGCGCCCAUAUAAGUGCUGUUACAUUAAAUAUUCUAGCUUCUGCAAAGUCUAACGAUCAAAUACAAGACGAGCUAUUCGAACUACUUGGCUGGGAGAGAAUUGAUUUUAUUAGUGAAAUUCUACAAAGACGACAGAAAAUUAAUUUGUCACUAUUAAAUCAAAGCAAACAAGUUACAAAAAAAGUAAAGCCAUCUUACGGAUGUCAAAUUGUUGUGCAAUCGGACAAGGAGAAGGAUGUUCAGAAACAAAUGAGAAAAGAUGAUAAAAGAUCAAGAAAUAAAAAGGGGGAUCAAAAUGAAGAUAAUGAAGCAGACUUUGAUAUACUUAGAAUGCGAGUUGAAAGAGAGAAACAAUUGGUGGAGGCCCGGCUAAAACCUCUUCUAAAACCUAUGAGAAAGGAGGAAAUUAAAUUCCCAUUUGUAUUCGAUGGAAUGUCUGAAGCUAAGAAAAUGGCAGCUUUAAUUGCCGGAAAUAAGAUGUCUCUACCAGUUGGAACUAAGAAAAGAUCUUUUGAUGGUUAUGAGGAAGUAGAUAUACCACCGAGCCAACCUGCACCAACACAUAUAGGACAACAUCGAGUACAAAUAUCCGAACUAGACAAGAUCGGAAAGAUGGGUUUCUCAGGAAUAAAAGAAUUGAAUAGAAUUCAAUCAGUAGUAUAUCCAACUGCAUAUACAUCAAAUGAAAAUAUGCUUAUUUGUGCUCCAACCGGAGCUGGUAAGACAAAUGUUGCCAUGUUAACUAUAUUGAAUACAAUUAAGCAACAUUUGGAAGAUGGAAUUUUGAAAAGAGAUAAAUUUAAGAUUGUUUACGUUGCCCCAAUGAAAGCUUUAGCAGCAGAAAUGACUGCAACAUUCGGACGUAGAUUAGAGUCUUUAGGGGUUGUGGUAAAAGAAUUAACUGGUGAUAUGCAAUUAACAAAAGCUGAAAUUCUAAGCACUCAAAUGCUAGUGACGACACCUGAAAAGUGGGAUGUUGUUACGAGAAAAAGCACUGGGGAUAUCUCUUUAACUCAAGUUGUUAAACUUCUAAUCCUUGACGAAGUUCAUCUGCUGCACGAGGGUAGAGGUGCUGUUAUCGAGAGUAUUGUUGCUAGGACACUUCGUCAAGUUGAAUCUUCCCAAUCUCUCAUUCGAAUUGUUGGUCUAUCUGCUACUUUACCAAAUUAUUUAGACGUAGCAGCCUUCUUAAAAGUUCAACCUUAUAGUGGUCUUUUCUUCUUUGAUGGAAGAUUUAGACCUGUUCCAUUAGGAAUGACAUUUAUCGGCGUAAAAGGUUACAACAAAACAACUCAAAUGAAUGAAAUGAAUGAUGUAUGUUAUGAAAAAGUUCUCGAACAAAUUAAAAAAGGAGAACAAGUUAUGGUUUUUGUUCAUGCUAGAAACGAAACUGUAAGAACUGCAAUGCUUCUCAUGGAAAAAGCAAAGAAUGAUGGAAAAAUUGAAUUAUUCCGUCAAGAUUCAGAAGCGGCCUACGACGACACGCUUAAGCAAAUCAACAGAUCAAGAAAUCGAGCACUCCAACAGCUAGUUGAAGAAGGGUUUGGUGUACAUCAUGCCGGAAUGUUAAGGCAUGAUAGAAAUAUAGUUGAAAAAUUAUUUUCUAAAGGCCAUAUUAGGGUUUUGGUUUGUACAGCAACGCUUGCCUGGGGUGUUAAUUUACCAGCUCAUGCCGUUAUUAUUAAGGUUAGUGAUAUAUUUUAUAUUUUUUUCUAUAUACUAAACAAAUUAAACUAG